UUCCUCGGAGACGGCGCGAGACUGGGCUUCUCUGGAAGGUAGUAGUAAACGCCUGGCCUGCAGGCCUAAGAGGCAUGGGAACCCCUCCGGGUCUGCAAACCGACUGCGAAGCGCUGCUCAGCCGCUUCCAGGAGACUGACAGCGUGCGCUUCGAAGACUUCAGCGAGCUCUGGAGGAGCAUGAAGUUCGGGACCAUCUUCUGUGGUAGAAUGAGAAAUUUGGAAAAAAACAUGUUUACAAAAGAAGCUUUAGCUUUGGGUUGGCGAUAUUUUUUACCUCCGUACACCUUCCAGAUCAGAGUUGGUGCUUUGUAUCUUCUGUAUGGAUUAUAUAACACGCAGCUGUGCCAACCCAAACAAAAGAUUAGAGUGGCCCUGAAGGAUUGGGAUGAAGUUUUAAAAUUUCAACAAGAUUUGAUAAAUGCACAACAUUUUGAUGCAGCUUACAUUUUUAGGAAGCUACGACUAGACAGAGCAUUUCAUUUUACUGCAAUGCCCAAAUUGCUGUCAUAUAGAAUGAAGAAAAAAAUUCAAAGAGCUGAAGUCACAGAAGAAUUUAAGGAUCCAAAUGAUCGUGUAAUGAAACUUAUCACUUCUGAUGUAUUAGAGGAAAUGCUGAAUGUUCAUGAUCAUUAUCAGAACAUGAAACAGAUAAUUUCAGCUGAUAAGUCCAAGCCAAACAAAGCCCUCAGCUUGAUAAAGGAUGAUUUUUUUGACAAUAUUAAGAACAUAGUUUUGGAACAUCAGCAGUGGCACAAAGACAGAAAGAAUCCAUCCUUAAAAUCCAAAAUUAAAGAUGGAGAAGAAAAGAGAGAGAGAGAAGGAGAUUCACAAGAAUCAGAGAGAUGUGAAAGGGCAGCAUCAUUAGCAAAAAUAAAAUCAAAGGCUUUUUCAGUUGUUGCUCAGGCAUCCAAGUCCAGAAGGCAUCGUCAAAUCAGACUUGACUCUUCUGACUCUGAUUCUGCAUCUGGUCAAGGACAGAUCAAAGCAACUAAGAGAAAAAGAAACAAAGAAGCAUUGAAAUCAGCAGGAAAGAAGGUGUCCUCCAGAAACAAAGGUGACAUGCAGAAUGUAAAUAAAGAAGAUAAAUCUUUAAGUCUGAGUAUGCCUGUAAUUACAGAAGAAGAGGAAGAGCAGAAUGAAACUUUUAGUAAAAGAGAGUUCACCGUACCUAAGAGAAGAACACUGAAUAAAGUACCUGGUAUAUAAAGUUUUUAAUUUUGAGCUGUCUGCCAAAAGAUGCACAUUUGAUGUAUUGAACAGGAAGACCACCAGUAUUAAAAAUAAUUAUUCUGGGAAGCUCUAGGUUAUUUCUUUGAAAUGGUAAUAUCUUUCCACCGUUUUAGAAUAAAGGUGCAGAAAAAUUAAAGUAAGAAUUUACUCUGAAAUUUAAUUUUAACAUUUUCUUUUAUAAAACCUGCAUAAAUUGAGAUAAAAUUUGGAUUUAGAAUGUAAUAGAAGUCCUGUUAAUUGAAGACUGUUAUUCUGUAACUUUUUGUGAUAUUAUAGACCUACUUGUCACUUACUAUCUUGUUAUCUGACGUUUCACAUUUACAACAACUUUCAAAAAAUUCUCAGGCUGUGCCUCUGAUGGUCUGGGCCCCAUGCGGGGCUGCGGCUAGGCCCUCUAGGGUAACCUCUGCGGGCCAUCCUGAACGAUACAUGGGAGGCAGCAGAGGAAGGAUGAGUAGGGUCUGCGCCCAGGGUGGCAGAGGGAGGCAGUGGGUAGCGGGCAACCCUCCACCACAACCACUCCCAACCCCUGCGGGCACCCGAUGGGCAGUGAGUGACUGGAGGACACCAGCGCCAAAGAUGGGGCACGGCCCUUGACUCUCGCUUAACGCUGAUUUCACAUAACGACCUGUUCUUUGGAUCUUAACCAUGUCGAUAAGUGAGGAGUAAAUGUACUGUGUUAGUACAGUUUUAAUAAUACUAACUGCCAUUUUAUUUAAAAUCUUUUUACUUGAAAUAUUGUUAUUACAUGUAAGUAGCUAAUUAUUUUGUGUCUAUAAUUUGGUAAUGGAUUUGUUCAUGAUGUAUAUUUACUAUUUUGGAUGUUUGUUAUGGUGAAGUGCAAUAAAGCUUUUGCCUUAUUUGCUUUAUAUAUUAAACUUACAUGAUUGAUAAAUUAUUUGAUAACUUAGGAAGUUCAUAACUCAGUUUCUGUUUUUGUAAUCAAUUGAAUAUUCUUUAGUGCUUGUUUUAAAACUCCUUUUAGUCUGACGUGUAUGUGAGACGGUAUAUGUGUAUGUGUGGAUAUAUGUAUGUAUGUGUGCAUAUACACACAUAUAUGACUGAACAGUACAUUGUUUAAGUACAGUAUUUAAAUGCAGAUUAUUUUUUUUUACAACUAACAUGUACUGAAUUACUCAAAAUUCCCAUUAGAUAAAUUUGAUUAAAUAU